AUGUUUUUGUCGAGGAAGAUUGGAAGCGGCUUAGCUGGCCCGAAAGCAAAACCAACGAGGCGUUUUGGCAGCCUGGAGCACCGAAUUGGUCUAGGCGUAUUCCAGUACUGGUCUCGGUAUUUUUCGUGGUUUCCCCCCCGGGAGAUCCAGGCGGGAAGCACAGACAAAGUAACUGAAGUAAGUACCCUCCAGGUACCGAUCCGCCUUGCAAAAGACUUGAGAGGUACCGCCCAGCAACAAAAGAAGGUAUCGGAGGAAUGGAGGGCCAGGCAAGUAAACAAGGCACGUUUGGAUCCAACACUUGAGUCACUGCUCCAGGCAGCAAUGGGUGGAGAGAAGAGAGAGACACACCCUCCGAAGCUGGAUGCGGAAGCAGAGAUCUAG